GCGGCGGAUGGGAGAUUUCGGCUGGGCCUUUUCUGCCGAUAAGUCCCCUGCCCCGGCGCCCAGCUUCAUAAGUGGCGUCAAGGAGGCGUUCGGCGUCAGCCCCUGCGCCUUGGGGCUCUCGAGCGCCGCCCACGCCUGCCUGGGCGCGCAGGACAUCUGGGGUGCUCCUGUACCCCUCGGGCUGUCCGUGACGGCAGCCGGCCUGGCCUUCGCGUUGGGCGCACUGCUGGUGCUGGCGGCGCAGGCCUUCUGCUGCUCUUGCUACGUGACCUGCAGGCUGGUGCUGACGGGCGCUUCCGUGCUCAGACAGCCGGGCCCUCAGGAGGUUAUUGCCCCCUUGGUGCAGGACCGACAAGAUGCGCGCGGCUCCGAGAAAGCGAAGGUCAUUGGUGGGGCUGAAGCCCGGGGACGUGGUCUUCGUCACGGGGUGGACGAGGAACCCUGGCAUGAGCGCCUGAUCCUCGCGGUCGUAGACCACUGCUGUUACAUCAUCUUGACCCCAGAUGGGGACAUCUACGCGGAGACCAUCAGCCUGGAGUACCUCCAGGACUUCAGGGAGGGGGGCCCCCGAGGGGGGCUUCCCCCUGGGCUGGGCGCGGCGCGCGGCCAGCCCGUGCACCGCUUCUCGUCGAGGCCGGUCGGGCAGGAGCUGCAGGACUUGUUCGAGGAGGGCCGCGCCAAGGCGGCCGAGGAGAGGCGCACGAUGGGCAUUCUGGAGGACGAGCCGGAGCCGCCACCAGCGUCGGCGGGAGCCGGCGCGAGCGGGGCUCCCCCCCUGCCUCCCUUGGCGGGUUCGCCUCCUGCUGGGUCAAGCUCGGAGCUCUUCAAGUGGGUGUGUGUGGCGCGGUCGGCACAGGUGAGUGUUGGCAACGCCUUCAUGCUUGCGGCGCAGCACCACACACCAUCGGACAGCUUCGUGAGCUGCGGCUCGGUGGGCCUGCAUGACAUGGGCCUGCGAGGUGAUCCCGCGGUGCUCUACCGCGUGGAAGUGGGGGAGCAGGAGGUUGAGAUGAUCGAGCACUUCAGGCGCUUGACGAAGAAGGACGGCGACGUCGAGGGCACGGACACUCCCCCGGUGCGAGCGCCAGGAGCAUCCAGCGCCGAGGACGCCCGCACCUUGCCUGUGCUGCGCGACAGCGCGGGACGGCGCUUCAGGGACAUGAAGAGUGCGGCGAACAGUUCGGAGAUGUGUGCCUUCGACGACUGGGUGCUGGAGGGGCCGCGUACGGCAUUGUACCUGGUGAAGGAGAUAGCUAAGCAGGCGGCGGGUCCCCUCCAGCGUCACUCGACCUGGAAGCACGAGAACAAGCUGCAGGAUGACGAGCACAAUGCGAUGACGCACGAGAUGCUUUCGGACAUCCUUGAGCUGGCGACGACGUUCGACCAGCUCGACGUGUCGAACUUGGCGAGCAUGGAGAGCCUGUGCCGCCACAUCCAGUACAUCGAGCAGCGCAUCAAGAAGAAGCGGGAGGCCGGGAAGGACUUCGACCUGCAGGACUACUACUUGGGCAGGACGCGGCGCACCGGCGGCGCGCUGAUGGCCCCGGAGCUUCAGAAGUGGGUGGCCGAGUCGGCGGCCCGUGAUUCGUCCAUCUUGAAGGAGGAGAGGAAGGCCGCCGAGGUGACCUACAGCUCUCCUGAACAGCGCCGAGGUCCUCGCCGUGCUGCCCAACGUCUGGGCAGGAAGGCGGCCAUCGGCCGACGCUCGAACGACUGCAUCGCCGCCCUCAACAACCUGUAUGGGGACGGCUCGUUUUUGCCUGGAGGAAGACCCUCUCAGGCACAGUUCUCGGCGCUUGACGGCAUCCUGCGCGCGGUCACCGAUGACAUGCCGCCGGACCCGUUGCCCGCCCCCGAGGCAGCCCUUCAGGAGUUGCUCGGUACCGAGGCCCUCGACUACGCGUCUGAGGACCUCUCCGUGGUUGCACCGUAUGAUCGCGGCUUGGUCUCGUGGCCGGACACCGCAGGCUCGGUGAACUUGCUGGACGUGUUGCCAGACCCUGACCGCCAGGAGGUGAUCGACGGUCCCCGUGCGCUUUUGCUUCGGGCUGAGGAGGAGCCGCCAGCGACCUGCAAGGUCUACUGGGACAAGACGCUCAAGGCGGACAGAGGCGAGUACGUCAGGUUCGUACAGGACCUGCUGAACAGGGGCAUGGUGGAGCUCCGUACUCGCCGUGAUUUUGAGGUUGGGAUAUUCUUCGCGCGCAAGAAGUCAGGCAAGUUGCGCCUGAUAGUGGACGCCAGGUCCGUCAAUCAGAACCUCAGGCGGCCCACUUCAAUCCAGCUGGCGUCGACCGCGGCGAUGGUCGGGCUGGCAGCGGAGCCUGGGGACAUGCUAGAGUUCUCGAUUCAGGACAUUGCUAAUUGCUUCUACCAGUUCAAAGUGCCGGACUACAUGGUGCAGUGGUUCGGGAUGAAGUCCGUCAGGGCUGGCGAGGUGGGGGCCAAGACCGUGCAGGGCGAGCCGGUCCUUGCAGGCGCCUGGGUCUACCCCUGUCUGCGGGUGCUGCCCAUGGGCUUCUCGUGGGCCAUGAUAUGGACGCAGCAGGCUCAUCGAGAGCUGCUGCGCCAGGCAGGGCUUGGGGGCAUCGAGAGCGAGCUGGUGGACCGCCAGGUGCCCCCGUCGGCCUCGGCAGCGCCUGUCCCCCGCAUCGUUUACGUGGAUAACGAGGUCUUCGUCUCGUCUCGCCCAGGUGCCUCUGCCGACGCCAGGCGACUGGCGGCCAAGAAGAUGUCCAACAUCGGGCUGCCGCUGCAUGAGGUGGAGGAGGGCAAGCAUGUUGUCGAAGCGCUGGGCCUGGAGCUGGACUGCAUCAAGCUUCGGUGCCGCCUGGCCUCCUCCAAGCGGUGGCGGCUGGUGCAAGGCACGCGCGCGCUUUUGAGGCGGCGGCUAGUGGCCGGCAGGGAGGUCGAGAAGCUGAUCGGCCACUUCACGCAUGCCAUGUUGCUGAACCGCCCAACGCUUUGUAUCUUCCGCUCCGCCUACGACUACGCUCGGAAGCACUACCGGGCGCCUAGCUUGCUCUGGCCUUCAGUGAGACAGGAGCUGCAGAAUGCCAUGCACAUCAUGCCGCUGCUCGCGGUGCAAUUCGAUAUGCCGCGGUCAGGGUUGGUCACCUGCUCCGACGCUACGCUGAGGGGCUACGCCGUGCAGGAGGCUGACUUCCCGGUGUCUGAGGUCAGGCAGGUGGGGCGCUGGAGUGAACGCUGGCGCUUCAAGGUCGAGGGGGCCGGCCGGCGGCUGCAGCUGCGCUGGGAGCCCACCGGCGUGAGGCGCACGGAGAGGUGCCUGAGGCGUGUAGCAGCGCCUCCCGCGCUGGCUGGUGCAGGCGCGCCCGGCCCCCCCCCCGCCGCCGGCGAGCCGGCUCCCGAGAGACAGCUGCAGCGUCGGAGCGGCCCGGUGCCCAGCGCGGUCGUCGGGCCAUGGCAGAGUGGCGGCGGCCCAGGUUACCUCGACAAGGCGGCUGCGCGGCUCAUCGACGAGGUCUCGCCGAUCCCCUGCGAGGAGAGCGUAACGGCGAAGACCAAGGCGGACUACGAGCGGAGGCUGGAGCGGUUCUUCGGCUUCUGCAGCAUCAACGGCCUGGCGCUCGACACCGACCUGCUGCUCGAGGAGGCCCUGGUGGAGUACAUGGACCUCCUGUUCGCGCAGGGGGAGCCCUGCAACAGCGGGGCCAAGCUGCUGGCGGCGGUGGGCCAUCGCUGGCCAAGGUGCAAGCAGCCACUGGCGGCUCUGGCAGUGGUGCUGGCGGCAGACGCCUACCUUCGGCCAGGCGAGCUGCUGUCGCUCCGGGCCAACCAUGUGGCCCCAGCCCAGGCGACGGCCGGGGGCGACUACCGCUUCGCGUCGCUGGUGCUGAGGCCAGAGGAGGAGCUGCAGCCGACCAAGACGAGAGGCUUCAACGACUCGAUCCUUCUGGGCAGCGUGUCGAGGCCCUACCUGGGCGUGCUGGUGGAGCGGCUGGCGAAGCAGAAGGGCUUCUCGGCGGAGCUCCUCUUUCCGUGGUCGGCCGCGGCUUUCACUGCCGUGUUCAAGCGUGCCGCGGCCGACGUCGGCCUGGAGGCUUGGGAACUCACGCCGUACAUCCUCAGACAUGCAGGCCCGUCACACGACUGGCUGACCAAGGCUCGGCCCCUGGACGGCAUCAAACGGCGCGGAAGGUGGAUCUCCGACAUGAGUGUUCGGAGGUACGAGAAGAGCUCGCGGGUAAUGCGGCGCCUGGCGACACUGCCGCGAGAUUGCCAGCUGCUGUUGGCCGAGUCGGCCAACAACCUCGAGGCAGGGCUCAGGUUCGGGCACGUCGGCAGGUUCGAGAGCAGGCGCCAAGACGCAGGCCUCGUGUGA